ACCUCUCUCUACUACUACUAAUGUUAACAAAGAAACAAAGCAAACAUGUAAAAUAGUAAGAAAACUAGCCGUUGAGGAACCUUAUAAUAAUUUUUCUCUAGACUCCUUAUUCUCUCUGCUCAUUUUGUCUUCAACCUUAACCGUUGCUCCUUAAGAUUCCCUCCAUUUUCUCUAUCUUCACUUACAUCUUCACAUGCUUUGUUUCAGUCUCUCAUCUCUCUUUCUCUUUCUUCUCCUAGUAUUUAUCCCUUUCUUUCCCCCUUCUCUUCAUUUAAUUUUCUUUCUCUUCUCUCAAAACAUAUCUUGAAAAAGUUCCAUUCUUUUUUCUCCUUCUGCUUCUUCUUCUGAUUGAAGAUUCUGAACCUGUUCUAAGUUUAUGGAUAGGUGGAAUACUUCACUGAGUGGAUAUUACAACUACCCUUUUCGAUUCUUGCAUUUUUAUUCCAUUUUUGUUGUGAUUGUGUUUUCUUCCAUUUUCCCUAUUAUAUCAGCUGGGAGGAGGUCAGAUGGGGUUAUUGUAACUCAAGCUGAUUUUCAAGCACUUAAGGCCAUUAAACAUGAACUGAUUGAUUUUAGAGGAAUCUUGACAAGUUGGAAUGAUAGUGGUUUAGGAGCUUGUGCUGGUGGAUGGAUAGGUAUAAAGUGUGUUAAUGGGGAAGUUAUAGCUAUACAGUUGCCUUGGAAGGGAUUAGGUGGCAGAAUCUCUGAAAAAAUUGGUCAAUUACAAGCUCUUAGAAAGCUUAGUAUUCAUGACAAUGUUAUUGCUGGUCUUGUUCCAACUUCGUUGAGUUUCCUUCCAAAUCUUAGAGGUGUUUAUCUUUUCAAUAACCGGCUUUCGGGUUCAAUCCCACCAACCAUUGGCAGAUCUCCACUUCUUCAGACUCUUGAUCUUAGCAACAAUCAGCUCACUGGUACUAUCCCUCCUAGUCUUGCAAAUUCGACAAGGUUAUACAGACUCAACUUGAGCUACAAUGCACUUUCAGGUUCAAUCCCAGUAAGUUUUACUCAAUCCCCUUCUCUUACUUUUCUUGCACUUGAACAUAACAAUCUUUCUGGCUCUAUUCCUGAUACUUGGGGUAAUGUUGUUGUGAACGAUAAGUCUUAUCAACUUCAGUAUCUUACCCUUGAUCACAAUCUUUUAUAUGGGAAAAUUCCAGCUUCAAUUAGCAAGUUAAGUAUGCUUGAGGAGAUUAAUCUUAGUCAUAACCAAAUUAAUGGGACUAUUCCUGAUGAAUUAGGUGCACUUACAAGGCUUGCUCUUCUUGAUUUAUCUAAUAAUUCCAUAAAUGGAACUAUUCCUGUUAGUUUCUCCAAUCUUUCAGCUCUUGUUACUUUGAAUUUAAAGAGCAAUCUUUUGGAUAACCAAAUCCCAGAUGUCAUAUAUAGAUUGCAAAAUCUUUCAGUGUUGGAUUUGAGUAAGAAUAAGCUCACUGGCCAUAUUCCUGCCACCAUUGGGAAUAUUUCUAGGCUCAACUCACUUGAUUUAUCUGAAAACAAUUUCACUGGUGAAAUCCCAAACUCUCUUGUUUCUUUGGCAAAUUUGACUUCUUUGGAUGUCUCUUAUAACAAUCUUUCUGGGGUUGUCCCAUCUCUUCUUUCUAAGAAGUUCAAUUCAAGUGCUUUUGUUGGAAAUCUAGAGCUAUGUGGAUAUAGUCCCUCAACUCUAUGUGCUUCACCACCUCCUCAAACUCUUCCUCCUUCUCCUAUUGGUGGGGUUGCCAAGCCUCGCCAUCGCAAACUUAGUACUAAGGAUAUCAUUCUCAUAGCAUCUGGAGCACUUCUAGUUGUUCUACUUCUUUUGUGUUGCAUGCUACUUUGCUGCUUGAUUAGGAAAAAGGCAAAUUCGAAAGCAAAAAAUGGUAGUAAAGCCAGUGGCUUAGCUACCACAGGGAGAGGUGCAAAGCCGGUUCCAGCAGCAGCAGCAGGUGCUGAAGUUGAAUCAACAGGUGGAAAGCUAGUCCAUUUCGAUGGACCAUUCGUGUUCACAGCGGACGACUUGUUAUGUGCCACUGCAGAGAUAAUGGGAAAGAACACUUAUGGAACAGCAUAUAAGGCUACAUUAGAGGAUGGUAAUCAAGUUGCUGUGAAGAGGCUGCGCGAGAAGAUCACAAAAGGGCAAAAAGAGUUUGAAGCUGAAGUUGCUGAAUUAGGCAAGAUUCGACACCCAAAUAUUUUGGCUCUUAGAGCCUAUUACUUGGGACCUAAAGGAGAGAAGCUUCUUGUCUAUGACUACAUGCCUAAUGGAAGUCUCUCAUCCUUCCUCCAUGCUCGAGGUCCUGAGACAACAAUAGACUGGCCUACAAGGAUGAGGAUUGCUAUUGGCAUAACAAAAGGCAUCUGCUUUUUGCAUACCAAAGAAAACAUAAUACAUGGGAAUCUUACAUCAAGCAACAUACUACUUGAUGAGCUAAACAACCCAAAGAUUGCAGAUGUAGGCCUUUCUAGGCUUAUGACAAGUGCUGGAAACACCAAUGUGAUUGCCACUGCAGGCACACUAGGUUAUCGUGCACCAGAGCUUUCAAAGAUCAAGAAUGCAAGUACUAAGACCGAUGUCUAUAGUGUUGGAGUUAUCAUUUUGGAGCUCUUAACUGGAAAGUCACCUAGCGAGGCAACAGAUGGACUCGAUUUGCCACAGUGGGUUGCUUCCAUUGUAAAAGAGGAGUGGACUAAUGAAGUGUUUGAUGUGGAACUUAUGAGGGAUGCACCUAAUAUUGGUGAUGAAUUGCUUAAUACUUUGAAACUAGCUUUGCAUUGUGUUGAUCCAACACCAACUGCUCGGCCUGAAGCUGAGCAAGUACUUCAGAAAUUGGAGGAGAUUAAACCAGAGCUGAUGUUAGCAGCCACCAGUUCUGGAGAUGAUGGCGCUGCAGUUCAAGAAAAGAGUGAAUAAACUCAGUAAGGUUUGAUUGCUAGAAGUGUAUUGAAAAAGGUUUAGGAGUUUGAGCUUUUUUACUUGAUUGAUACCUAUUUAUUUAUUCUUUCAUUUUUUUUUUUGAUCUAGUGGAGUGAGUUGUUGUUUCCUAUUAGUUCUAUUAGUAAACUGUAUAUACGAGUUUCUGAUUGCUGCAUAGAUGAAAAACACAUUUUGUUCAA